UCGCCCACCGUCCAGGACUGUGGACGUCUCUGCACCCGAAGCUGACUGCGAUCAAGAUGGAGAGCGAAAAGAAGAGGAGAAAAUACUCCACGAGCAGCAACGACUCCGACACCACAGACAGUCAGGUGACGUCGUGGUCCAGGUCAUCCAGGAAUACGGGCACCAGCAGCACAUGGGUCCGCCACCAGCACAAGAAACCAUCAGAGGUAUUUCGUACCGACUUUAUCACAGCCAUGAAGCUGCCGGACUCGGCCCAGCUCGGCCCGGACGACUUCUACGUGCUCUCGGAUCCUUGGAGACAAGAGUGGGAGAAGGGAGUGCAAGUCCCUGCCAGCCUGGAGGCCAUACCAGAGCCUGUGGUCAGGUUGCUGCCGACUGAGGCGACAGGCAGUAUUUCCAACAACAGGCAGGAGAGGGAGAGCAGCGCACAGCCUCCUCCCACCCAGCGUUACACCUGCUAUGACCUGGAUGACCUGGAUGUUGCCUGGCUGGAGCUGGUCAACCAUGAGUUCAGACAGAUGGCAUUACCAGAGCUGGACGAGCUGACGAUGGAGUGUGUCCUGGUCGAGCUGGAAAGUGUGUGUGAGGAGAAGAUGCGGCAGGCCAUCGAGACGGAGGAAGGUCUGGGCAUCGAGUAUGAUGAAGACGUGGUGUGUGAUGUCUGCCGCUCGCCAGAGGGAGAGGACGGCAACGAGAUGGUCUUCUGUGACAAGUGCAAUGUCUGCGUUCAUCAGGCCUGUUAUGGCAUCCUGAAGGUCCCCCAGGGGAACUGGCUGUGUCGGACCUGCGCUCUGGGAGUCCAACCCAAAUGUCUGCUCUGCCCCAAGAGAGGGGGGGCCCUCAAGCCCACCCGCAGUGGAACCAAGUGGGUCCACGUCAGCUGUGCCUUAUGGAUCCCUGAGGUGAGUAUAGGCUGUCCAGAGAAGAUGGAGCCAAUUACCAAGGUGUCCCACAUCCCCGCCAGCCGCUGGGCUCUGUCCUGCAGCCUGUGUCGAGAACACACAGGAACCUGCAUACAGUGCUCCAUGCCCUCCUGUAUCGUGGCCUUCCAUGUGACGUGCGCCUUCGACCACGGCCUGGAGAUGAGGACCAUCCUGGCAGAGAACGACGAGGUGCGUUUCAAGUCCUUCUGCCUGGAGCACAGCUGCACUGCCAGCAACAGCAGUGCAACCACCAACAACUUCUCCAGUUUGACCAGUGUGAGCAACGGCAACCACGCCACCACUUCCACCACCAAUGGAGCACACGGCGCAGCCAGACCUGAGUUGGCCACCACUGGCGUCAGUUCUGAGCUCCGGCCAGACCAACAGCACCAGCCAAACAUCAGCAGCGACCCGGAGCAAAGAUCGGUAUUAUACCCGAUUUCGGUGUCGGCAUCGGAGCGAGCUGAGCGGGACCAGCUGGAAAGGGAGAAGGUGAGCCAGAGAAAACAGAAGCUCCAGGAGCUGGAGGAUGAGUUUUACCAACUAGUGGACCCCAGGGAGGUGGCCGAAAACUUGGCGUUGCCCAUCUCUCAGGUGGACUUCUUAUAUCAGUUCUGGAAGAUGAAGAGGAAGGCCAACUUUAAUCGACCUCUGGUGACCUUAAAGAGGGAUGAGGUGGACAACUUGGCCCAGCAGGAGCAGGACGUCCUCUACAGACGCCUCAAACUCUUCACACACCUCCGACAAGACCUGGAGAGGGUGCGUAACCUGUGCUACAUGGUGACACGGAGAGAGAAAAUGAAACACACCCUGUGUGACCUCCAGGAGAAGAUCUUCCACCUGCAGAUACAACUACUGGAAGAGGACAUUGCUGGAGAGAAAACCCAGAAGGGAGAAAAGAGGAAGCAGAAUGGAGUGAAGGAGAAAGGGAAGGAGAGGAGGAAGAGUAGUCCUGAGAAGAAAAAGGAGAGAUUGAAGCCAGAGAAUGGCUCCCUGCUAAAAGAGCUAGGUACAUUUUUGUCCAAGUCCUUCCCGUUGGACAACUCUUUGUUCGACAGCUGGGUUGCCCAGCCGGUUCAGAACACGGCUGAUGACAUGCUGAGCCAGUGGGCCCUGGGGGCCCAGCAUCGGGACAAGAGCGGGAGCCUGCUCUCCGAUCAGCUGCUGCAAGGCGAGGAGAGCCUUCUAAACCUUAUGAUGGAGAAUUCCAUGCAGUCCACCUGGAAAACACCCCAGCUGGGCCGCAAACCACGAGGGAGCAACAAGACCCGUGCACGUGGGCAAUCUGCCACCACCCCCAGCCAGCCCCAGACGCUUCUGUCCGCAGCAGACGACUCCGCCGCCAGCAACCCCUCCACCGCAAAGAGCCUCUGGGCGAGCGCGGCGGAGGAAAAGCCAAGCCAUGUGGGCCGGAAAGGAGAAAGGUCCAGGGGGUCAUCCAAGGCCUUGCACCAUCACCACCUUCAUCACCACCAGACAAGGAGCUCUGACCUGCACAGGGACCCACCGCCGCAGCCACCCAUCUCCAAAAUGGAUUCCUGUCACAUCUCGGAGGACCGCGGCCCGUGGGACAGCGUCUACGCAGGAAAUGGCGUUGCAUCUGGUUUCACUGCAAGCUCAUCUCCACAUCCAGCCUCCAGCCCCGGGGCUACGUUGCCUGACACGGGGGCGAUCACUCGUGGUGGAGGUCCGCGACUCCGUCUGUCCCGCCAGGGUAAAUCAAAAGGAAGGGGCGUCAGUGGAGGUGGAGGCAUAGCAGGGCUGGAAUCUGUGAGCCUGCCGCUCACAGGAAAGGACACGUCCAUUCUGGACGCUGCCGAGACUGACGGGUACUUCUCUGAUGGCGAGCAGAGUGAUUCGGACAUGCGCUCUGGAGGACGCAAACUCCGCUUGCCGCAGUUGCAUUCUGGGAACGAGGACCUGCUGAGAAGGAGCGUGCUGGCAUCCUAAAGACCUGAGACUCAAAGAAACCCACACAAACAACCAGUUAUUCAAGCAAAGUCCCGCUGGCUUAUUGUUUCUCCAUCUGUGCCCAAUAUACAGUCCACAAAACACGGCUGGAUGGCUUUGUUCAACCAAAUCCCUGUCACAUUUACCAGUGGAAAAUCUCUUCAGCUCUUACCUGCUUUGUUUUUUGGGGGAAUUUGAAUGUAGCUGUUUGCCUGUCGUACAGUAAAGCUUCUCCACCGGACCUUAGUUUGUUGUUAGCUUACCACAAGAUGCGAUACAUUCAACAAAUAGGAAACAAACAUUACCUUUAGUCCUUGCUUUUUAUUUCGGAUUUUUUUUUUUUCGUUUCUGGGCGUUGAAGUACCCAUUUCUGGCCUCAUGUAUGUGGUAUCUGCCAGACUUGGGAACAAACACUUUGGGGCAUUAUUAUUAUUAUUAUUCAAGCUGGUUUCAGGGUCUGCUUCGCUCUUGGUCUUUGUGGCCUGAGAUGCAUCCAAUGAGUCCUUGUUUUCUUGAAUACCGUUCAAUGGAAAGACAAUUUCACACCAGAGCUGGUCUGAAUCUGUACAGAGGGUGACAUGGGAUAUGUUCAGCCUUGAAAAGCACAACUAGCAAGUCAUAAGAGCUGUAAUGUAAGCACUCGUGUGUGUGUAUAAUAUGCGUUCAAUCAGGGUUGGGGUCAAUUCUUGUUGUGUUGACUCGGUUCAAAAUGUACACUAAAGCCGUCAUUCUCAAAUUUAUCUCCACAGGUUUGCAGCUAUUUUGAUUUCUUUAAAGCAAAUAGAUUGACCCCAACCCUGGUGCUAGUUCAGAUUGUCACACAGAGACACAAACACACAGACAUACUGACACACAUACUACUACAAGCAAAUCCCUUUGCUCACAUCACAGCCGUUGUUGAAAUAAUUGAUCUGACAUUUGUCAGCUGCUUUCAAAUUCUUCCUAAUUCUGAGUUUAGGUUUUUUGGGGUUUUUUUAGCCUGAAUAUUUGGAGAAAGAUCAUCGUAGAAACUCUGUGCCUUCUGUCGCUUGCCCUGUGCCCCUGCCUCCCUCAACACCCCCCGACCUUACCAAUCAACCAAACAAUCACUGAGUAGAUCAAUCAGUCGUUUCUCAAUCGGAUUUGUAACAAUCAAACCAAAAGGAAAUCCCGUUGGAUUGGUUACCGAGUGUAGCCAGGAUUGGGCUCCUUGUCACCUUAACAAUUGCCGAGUGCCUGAAAACAAGGAUGUAAAUGCAGCGUUUGCCAUUAAUCAACAAAGCAUCUGUUAGCAAAGCAGAGCCACAGCGUACUAUCAGUGCAGAGAGCUGCCUACUGUUCUGUGCCCCCUACCCACAUCUCUAAAUAGGUCACUGCAGACCAGAGCUGUCGAUAAACAGGGUUUGGCCAGGUUACACUGUGAGCGCCGUGUCACUGCCUCUUCUUGAGAGAACCGACUGCAACAAUAGAUACGCAUGGAGAAAGGACAAAGACAAAAACAUCAGCCUGCUAGCCAACUCCCAUUCAUACCAAGUCUUUUAGAUUGGUGGUUUUUGAGCCCCCAGAAACAGCGCUGGGCUUUGGUGCCUAUUUAAAUAGUGGCAAAAUGUGAAAUUACAACUUCUGGGUCCAUUAUAUGGUGCCAUGGGUCCAAAAAUACUUUUCCCAUGGACUUAUAUUGUGAAAGAGACAUCUGCAAAUCAGUGAAUACAUUUUUUUAAGGUCACAAUCCCAGAAAAAUGUUCCAUUUGGUCCAGUAACAUUUCUAAAGUCUAGAAGAGCCAAACGACUACAUCAUUUUAUCCACAUUUAACUUAGCAGAGGGCUAAACUGGAAUUAGCUGUCUCGGCUGGCGGAAGUCUCUGGUCGCUUGCUCUAUGGCCCCUACGAUGCCCCACAAAUAAAUGAAUGUGUGGGAAACCGACUGUCCUUUUUCUGUGAAUUGAUUAGUCAAAAUUGGAGACGUGACAAAUCUCAACGGUCCAUUCACUGGCUUUUUUGGAGCUUCCAAAUGUGACUCAAGUUCUCUGCUGGCUUAGGUUGUGUCACAUUAACUAAAAAUGGAGAGACAAGCUUUAUAAGCAUUUUAGAAAUUUAAAUGACAUAACGUGCAGUUUAUCCAUAUCAUUGGAAAAAGUAGUGAAAACCCUAAGUCACAAGUUAUUUAUGUUUACUACAGUAUAUGAGGCCACCAGCGUUCAAUUUUUAGGCAUCAAGAGAAACUAGUCCUAAUUUAUCUCAUCCAUGUGUAUCUUUGCUGUUUUGCUAUGGGUUUAGUAAGAUGCUGAGCACUGAGUGGGCACCAAUGUGGCUUCCACUUAAGUUUGACAUGGCCACGCUCUUGUAACCGAUGGCUCUGCUGCAUUUGUUCUCCUGUUAGACGAAUAAUGACAAUGUAAUAAUCAGCUUCAGAGGCCUACGCUCUUAAGUUCUUGAAUUGAGUUGUUUGUAAAUUUGUUUUUCAAAAAAAAAGAUACGUUUUUGUUGUUCUCUCGGAGAGUUGUAUUUUAUACUUAAAGCAGUCCAUGGUAUUCUCAGGGGUUAAAAAAACUUUAAAAAAAAAGAAUAAAAGGUUUAAAAAUGUAUCGAAAAAGCGACGUAAGACAGAGAUACAUAUAUAUAUACAUAUAUAUAUAUAUAUAUAUAUAUACAUAUUUUAUAUCGUAUACAGUAUAUAUAUAUAUAACGUGAUGUGUGUAUGUCUAGAAACUUCCUUAUUUGACAAGCUUCACUGUUUGAACUCCUACGCAACUACUACUGAGCAUGCUCCUUCUCUCAGUAUGACCAUAUGACCAUUAGCCUUGGGUUCAAUAGUCUCAACCAAUAAUUAAUGCCCAUUUGAACUUGUUUGAGUCAACAAAUGAGUGGGACAGGUUUCAAAUAAUAUUAGCCCCGUGGUCACCCACAAGAAGGGACAUUCUUCUCAAUCUCCCAGCUUUCUUGCAGCCAAGUACACACCCAUCUGGUUCCCAUGGGUGAAAUAAAGCAUCACAGGUGAUUAAGGGCUGCUUGACCCAGGCCUGAUAAACAGAGGCGCCAGUCCAGUCUCUGUUGUUUUUUUUUUCUUUCUGUAUGGACAGCUUCGAACCUGUCUUCUGAAGUGACCACGCCAAAGAACAGAUCUGUGUAUCAAGGCAGCAUAUUUACAUCUUAUCUACACAAACACACAUACACAUGCACCGUCUCUGUUUUUGAAGUUGAGGAAUGGUAGAUAAGGAUGUCAAAACAACUCUUGCUGUCCGGGUCCGCUCAGUUUAAUUUCAGCCUGGUUCGACACAGCUUGAUGGGGAAACGCCGUAAGCUCAGGCACGGUGUUGUGGUGUUGCGUGACCUCCUCUAAUUCACAUGGGGGCGCUCUUUAGUCUACUACACCACCACCCAUGAACCCAACCUGGAUUCUCCCACAUCUGCACCCAUGGGGGGGUUACAUAGGAAUAGCCUGUCGCCACAGAAAUGGGCUUGUGAUGGUUAUUAAAGUCACACAUAUUAACCCCCUUCAGAAAAAGCCAAAUGCUGCUGAACUGAACACACCGCUCUCUCUCUAUCAUACACACACACACACACACACACACACACACACACACAAACACACACACACACACACACACACACACACACACACACACAAACACACACACCAGAGCUGGUAUAACAGGGUUAUAAUGUACAAGAUGACUAGUUUUUUAUAUGUAUGUGGUCCUGACUGCAUCAGGAAGCAUGAGCUUACUCAGAGUGAAACGCCCCCUAUCAGCAGGAGAGUAUUAUAACUAAAGACAGAGCAGUGUCUCUGUCCCCUUUUGUCCUUCAGAUGUAACCAUCGUAGAAGAUUCACAUAGUCCACACUUGUCUCUUUUUUGCCAUUGAGAGGCUGGAAACCCCCUCUUUUGAAAGGUUUUUGUGUUAAAGUAUUGUCUAAAGCUUUCAUACAGGACAGGUGGAGGAUUUUGGACUUCUACAUUGGCUACUGUUAUUACAACCCCCAUGGAAACUGACCACAACUCAUACAAUAGCUGCAACAAAGCUUGUGUUUUGAAGCGAGGAAUCUGUGGCAUAUCGUCAUUACAGCCCACAGAUUCUUCCACUGGGGGUGGUUGUUACCAUUCAUGGGUUGCUAAGACAGAAACAUGUAAUCUUGGUUUCAAUAUUCAGUGUUCAGAGUAGCCUGACUUUGUAGACAGUGGUAUUAGACAAGGCCUCACAUGUACGGCCUUAACAUGUAGUAGCAAAUGCUAAGGCUGCACAGUGUUGUCAUGGAAAAAAAUCACCUUUUUCUGGCUGAAUUUCCUCUGCAGAAGUUGUGGAGGUGGUUAGGUGAGUUAUUUGUAAAGAUUUUCUCCUGUUUGCAAGUCAGAUUUGAACCCAAGAACUCUCCACCAGAGUACCUUGUCAGGCAAAUUGCAUUUUGAUUUUUUUUCCUAGAUACUGUGCAGCCUUGGCAAACACAAACUGGUUAUUAUUCUAUAUUUACAGUGUGGCUUCAAUGCCAUCUCCUUCCGCUUAGUAGAUACUGUAGACUGGAGUCUUUUACAGGUUCUUUUUAUCAAUAUCCACUAGAAUACAACUUCAAAGCAUCACUGUCCUCUGUGUGGUAUGCUGGUGUGGGUGUUGGCUCAUAGCCCGAAA